GUGUGUGAGGUGUUUGACUAUGACCAUGUGACUGGUAAAUGCUGCGUUGAAGAUAUAACUUACACUAUUACUACUACUACUUCAGCCUGGAGAAUAGUUUACAGACCAGUGACCACUGUUACAGCUAAACGUGCUCCUACAAUUUCCAGUGAAGUUAUUGCUCCAUGGUGCCCCGUGGUCUUCAGGAAUUGGGCAGAGGAAUAUGCUAAUUCCAUGUUUGGAGCAUGGACCUUUAAAUCAUCCCAAGAUGCUGCUGGCUUAACAAUGAUAAAUGCUUUAGAUGGCAACAUAACAACUGAAGCCAGAACAACAGGACACCCACUCCCGUAUCAGAUAAUUUAUUUUGGGAAACCAAUGAGAGUAACUGCAGUCUGGAUUACAGCUGGUGCUAACUUUCCCCUUGCAAGCUUAGAUGUUAGAGUUGGAAACUCAGAUUUUCGUUCAUACACUACCAACCAGAGAAUAACAGGCAAUAUCAGAUGUGGUUCCUACCUGGGUCCUACUAGAAUAAAGAAUGAAGUUGUUUACAUAUCUUGCAGCAACCCCAGGGGUAUCAUCGGCACUUAUCUUUCUAUCCAGAUGACAGAAAGGGCUACGAUCAACAGUCCUUUGGAAAUUGCAGAACUGAAAGUUGAAGGAUUUGCGAGGGAGUGCAAUGUGCAGACGGCAUUUUAAUUAAUCAAUAAAAAUGUCACUAAAUUAUUCAAUUAUUUAAAGAAAAUAAUAGUUAUUUACAUUAGUUAACCAUUGUCUCAUUAAUCAAAUUGUUUAUCAAUAAUUACUUAUCAUCUGCUGACAAAAUGGUUCCUCUUUCAAAACAACCAGCUGUGAUUAGGGAGGCCCUGGCUAUAAUUAUGACUAAAAUAUAAAUGUUCACAUUUUAAUAUUUUAGCCUAAAUAUAUCUAUUAUCUAUC